AACCAGCGGUACCACAUCAUGGUUUUGCCUCCUGGAGUUGGAACCUUAUUGGAAGGCAAAUAUAUGGGAACCCUCUGUCCAUAAAUACCCUCAAAGAACAUACCCAUCUCUCCACAACGAAUUCAAGCAAUCUCUGUUCAAACAUCAAAGUCAAGAAAGAGUGAAGAAAAUUCAAAAACAUGUCUUCAACCACUGCCGCUCAAGUCAUACGUUGCAAAGCUGCUGUAGCAUGGGAAGCUGGAAAGCCACUAGUGAUAGAAGAAGUGGAAGUGGCACCACCACAGGCCAUGGAGGUUCGUCUCAAGAUCCUCUUCACCUCCCUCUGCCACACUGAUGUUUACUUCUGGGAAGCAAAGGGACAGACUCCAUUGUUUCCUCGCAUAUUUGGUCAUGAAGCUGGCGGGAUUGUUGAGAGCAUUGGUGAGGGUGUGACGGACCUCAAACCUGGUGACCAUGUGCUUCCUGUCUUCACUGGAGAGUGCAAGGAGUGUCGGCACUGCAAAUCAGAGGAGAGUAACAUGUGUGACCUCCUGAGGAUAAACACUGACCGAGGCGUGAUGCUCAAUGAUGGCAAGUCGAGAUUUUCAAUUAAUGGACAACCCAUUUACCAUUUUGUUGGGACUUCCACCUUUAGUGAAUACACUGUGGUACAUGUUGGUUGUGUUGCCAAAAUUAAUCCUGCUGCUCCUCUAGACAAAGUUUGUGUUCUCAGCUGUGGAAUCUCAACGGGUCUUGGUGCUACCUUGAAUGUUGCAAAACCAAAAAAAGGGUCAACAGUAGCAAUUUUUGGAUUGGGGGCAGUUGGUCUAGCUGCUGCUGAAGGGGCUAGAAUUGCUGGUGCUUCAAGGAUUAUUGGGGUUGAUCUGAAUGCUAAGCGUUUUGAUGAAGCCAAGAAAUUCGGUGUCACUGAGUUUGUUAACCCAAAAGACCAUGACAAUCCUGUUCAAGAGGUGAUUGCUGAAAUGACUGGUGGGGGAGUUGACCGAAGUGUUGAGUGUACUGGAAGUAUCAAUGCUAUGAUUUCUGCAUUCGAAUGUGUUCAUGAUGGAUGGGGUGUUGCAGUACUUGUUGGCGUCCCGAACAAAGAUGAUGCAUUCAAAACUCAUCCAAUGAAUAUCUUAAAUGAGAAGACUCUCAAGGGUACGUUUUUUGGCAAUUACAAACCACGAUCGGACCUACCUUCUGUGGUUGAAAGGUACAUGAACAAGGAGCUUGAGCUGGAGAAGUUCAUUACCCAUGAAGUCCCAUUCUCAGAGAUCAACAAGGCCUUUGAGUAUAUGCUUAAAGGUGAUGGUCUCCGGUGUAUCAUCCGCAUGGAUGCAUAGAAUAGAAUUGAGAUGAUAAGUACUUAGUGUAACUAAAAAAAAUAACUUUAUUGCUUCUUGUGGGAAAAUUGGUUGAUUCUAAUGUUUCUCCUUUGCACUGUGUAUUAAAGAAUCGAAAUCACUAUUUGCAGCUUGUAUAAUAAAGUCAAGUAUUUUCACAAUUCUGUAAUGAAUUUCAGCCAAUUUUCUGUUGUUGUGUCUUCAUGACUUUAUUCAUAUCCUCAUGAAAAUGCAAGAUGAACUUAUUUUUUUGAA